AUGGGCGGCGGUUCUCAUCCCAGCAUGGCCCCAGCCUCCACCUACCCUCGUCUGGCUGCGAAGCCUGUGGGCAAGCAGAUCCACAAGAUCUACAUGGACAGGCUGAGGCAGUUCACAGACAACAGCCAAUACAGAAGACAAGGCUUGCUACCAAAGAUCGAGCCAGAACGGGCAUCUGGCCACCCUCACAUCCAGCUCGAAGUCUACUCUCCCCCAGACCUGUCUCGUCCUACCUUCAAAGAUGCAACCUCGCAUGCUUUCAGACCUACCAAGGUCGGCGGAUCAUUCGGCCCUAGUUGGUCCACACACUGGUUCCGCGUUCGCCUCACCGUCCCCUCCUAUCUCGCCGACAAGGACCAUCUAGAACUGCAUUGGGAUGCGAACAAUGAAGGUCUCAUCUGGAAUGAGAAGGGAGAGCCUCUACAAGGCCUCACAGGAGGAGGCGAGCGUAUUGAGUGGAUCUUGCCAAAGUCGUUCCGUGACGGCAAAGAGCACCUUUUCUAUAUCGAGAUGGCUUGCAACGGCAUGUUCGGAAACGCUCCUGGAGGGGACAGUAUCCAGCCACCUCGUCCAGACAGAUACUUCCAGCUGCAGCAAGCAGACAUUGUGGCCAUCAACCUGGAAGCUCGAGCUCUGUACAUUGAUUAUUGGAUCAUUGGAGACGCGGCUAGGGAGUUCCCGGAAGACUCCUGGGAAGCUCAUGAAGCACUCCAAAUCUGCAACUCUAUCAUGGACACCUUUAUCGCUGCUAAUGGAAGCUCUGACUCCAUCGCUGAGUGCAGGAAGAUCGCAAAGAAGUAUAUAGGAGACGUCAACUCCUCAAAGGUAUACGACACAGACGAAACUGCUUUGAUUACCGCCAUCGGUAACUGCCACAUUGAUACCUGCUGGCUCUGGCCAUGGGCAGAGACUAAGCGCAAGGUGGCCCGAUCAUGGUCUAACCAAUGUAACCUAUUGGAAAGAUACCCCGAGCAUCGCUUCGUCGCAUCGCAAGCCCAGCAGUUCAAAUGGCUCGAGAAUCUGUAUCCCUCCGUCUUCGAUCGUGUUAAGAGCAAGGUCAAGGAGGGCACCUUCCAGCCCAUCGGCGGAUCAUGGGUCGAGCAUGAUACGAAUAUGCCCAGUGGAGAGUCAUUGGUCCGCCAAUUCAUCUACGGCCAACGCUACUUUGAGAGCAGAUUCGGUUCAAGGUGCACCACAUUCUGGCUCCCCGACACGUUCGGCUACUCGACCCAACUCCCUCAGAUCUGCCGGCUCGCCGGCAUGACGAGGUUCUUCACGCAGAAGCUCAGCUGGAACAAUAUCAACAACUUCCCGCACACUACCUUCAACUGGGUCGCACUUGACGGCAGCCAGGUCCUAUGUCAUAUGACACCUGCUGAGACUUAUACCGCCGAGGCGCACUUUGGCGACGUGAGGCGCAGUAUUACGCAGCACAAAUCUCUCGACCAAGACGCGACCUCGCUUCUCGCGUUUGGAAAGGGCGAUGGAGGCGGCGGUCCGACAUGGCAGCAUCUUGAGAAGCUCAGAAGAUGCCGUGGCAUCAGUGACAAGACCGGUCUCUUGCCUCGUGUCAAGAUGGGCGACUCUGUCGAUGACUUCUUUGCCCGUCUUGAGAAGAGAGUCGAAGAAGGACUUGAGCUCGUAACCUGGUAUGGCGAGUUGUACUUCGAACUUCACAGAGGCACAUACACCACUCAGGCUAACAACAAGCGUAAUAACCGCAAGUCCGAAAUCAUGCUUCACGACAUCGAGUACCUUGCUACGCUGGCCAGUAUUCAGGAUGUCAUCUCCAAGGAUGGCAAGAAGUAUAAAUACCCUAAAGAGGACAUUGACGACAUGUGGGAGAAUGUCCUCUUGUGCCAAUUCCACGACUGCUUGCCCGGAAGCUGUAUCGAGAUGUGUUACGACGACUCUGAUGAGCUGUACGCGAAGGUGUUCAAGACUGGUCACAAGGCCUUGACCGAAGCUCUACACGCUCUCGGAUUUGACGACAAGGUGUCCCAUGAUAACGAGCUUGUUGCGUUAAACACUCUUGGAUGGAAUCGUAAUGAAGUCAGCUCCCUCCCAUCCCCUGAUCCGACGACUCGCUACGGUCUGCUCCAGGGCGAGACCGGUGUCAACUCCAUUAUGGAUAUGGUACAGGAGUCUGGCUUCGUUGAAGUGAAAGAGGUCGGGAAGGACACCUUCCACUUCAUCAACAGCCAGUACUUUGUCGAGAUUGCUAACGGCGUCAUCACACACUUGUACGACAAAGAAGCUCAUCGCGACAUUGUGCCCAAGGGCCAGAAGGCGAACCAAUUGGUCCUCUUCGACGACAAGCCACUCUACUGGCAGGCAUGGGACGUGGAAGUCUACCACCUCAAUUCGAGAAAGGAGCUCCACGCAACAAGUUCGUCAAUGAUUGUCGAGUCUGGUCCUCACCGCGUUGCAGUCAAGACGACAACGAAGAUCUCCGAGAUAUCAUCAAUCACGAUGACAAUCUCGCUCACUUCCGCACCGCCAGGAGGUCGCUCUUACAUCGAGACCGAAGCAGAAGUCGAUUGGCACGAGGAUAUGAAGUUCUUGAAGGUCGAGUUCCCGACCACCAUCACGAACACCGAAGCCUCCUACGAGACUCAAUACGGUAUUGUCCGCCGUCCAACUCAUUACAACACCACAUGGGACAUGGCCAAGUUCGAGGUGUGCUGUCACAAAUGGGCCGAUUUGUCCGAGAAUGGCUACGGCGUCAGUAUCCUGAACGAGUCCAAGUACGGUUUCGCAACUUGUGGCAGCUUGAUGCGUUUAUCCCUGCUUCGUGCACCCAAGGCUCCUGACGCGCAUGCCGAUAUGGGCAAGCACAAGAUCCGCUGGGCCAUCCUUCCUCACAAAGGCCCUCUUGACCAUCGCACAAUUCGUGCUGGCUUUGAGUUCAACAACCCAAUGGCGGUCUACUCGCACCCCAAGGUCUCAGAUGUCAAGGGCCUGAUGAGCUCAUUCAAGCUGUCUGCCGAUAGCGACUCUGGUCUGGUUCUCGACACCAUCAAGCGCGGUGAGGACGAUGAGGAUGUCAGCCGUGGCGAUCUUCCUAAGCGCAAAGGUAGAAAUGUGAUCGUUCGCGUCUACGACAGUCUGGGAGGAAGAUGCCGCGGUACUAUUGAAACCGGCCAGAUCCCCAUUGCCAAAGUGUGGAAGUGUAAUGUCUUGGAGGAUGACAUUGAGGAAGCUCAUCUCACCAAAGGUGGCUUCGACAUUGAGCUCAGGGCUUUCGAAGUAGCCACUUACAGGCUGCUUCUGCAGUGA